GGGGACAACAAUUACGCCUACCCGACUUGGCUAUACUGGCGACUUCUGGGAGUCGAAGGCGAUUAUCCUUUCCGACGGCUAGUGGAUUUUACAAUCACGUCUUUCAUUACGAUUUUAUUUCCCGUGCAUCUUAUACUUGGAAUGUAUAAAAAGCCCAAGAUUCAAGUCUUCAGGAGUCUGCAUUUCACAUCGGAAUGCAUUUUCUGCACCUAUAAGUUUUUCUGUUUUCGUUGGAAACUUAAAGAAAUUAAGGCCAUCGAAGGACUGCUCCAGGAUCUGGAUAAUCGAGUUGAAAGUGAAGAGGAACGCAACUAUUUUGACCAAAUUCCAAGUCGUGUGGCUCGAAUGCUCUCAAAAAGUUACUUGGUAGCUGCUAUAUCGGCCAUAAUCACUGCAACCGUAGCUGGUUUAUUUAGUAAUGGUCGAAAUUUAAUGUAUCUGGGUUGGUUUCCCUACGAUUUUCAAGCAACCUCGCCAAUCUAUUGGAUUAGCUUUUUCUAUCAGGCGCUGGGCUCUAGUCUGUUGAUUCUGGAAAAUCUGGCCAACGAUUCAUAUCCGCCGAUCACAUUUUGUGUGGUCACUGGACAUGUGAGACUAUUGUUAAUGCGUUUAAGUCGAAUUGGUCACGAUACAAGGAUAACAAGAUCGGAAAAUACCAGAAAACUCAUCGAGGGUAUUCAGGAUCACCGGAAACUAAUGGAGAUAAUACGCCUACUUCGCAGCACUUUACAUCUUACCCAACUGGGCCAGUUCCUUUCCAGUGGAAUCAACAUUUCCAUAACACUCAUCAACAUCCUGUUCUUUGCAGAAAACAACUUUGCAAUGCUUUAUUAUGCGGUGUUUUUUGCUGCGAUGUUGAUAGAACUAUUUCCAAGUUGUUACUAUGGAACUCUGAUGACAAUGGAGUUCGAUAAGCUACCAUACGCCAUCUUCUCCAGUAACUGGCUUAAAAUGGAUAAAAGAUACAAUCGAUCCUUGAUAAUACUGAUGCAACUAACACUGGUUCCAGUGAAUAUAAAAGCAGGAGGUAUUGUUGGCAUCGAUAUGAGUGCAUUUUUUGCCACAGUUCAAAUGGCAUAUUCCUUUUACACUUUAGCCUUGUCAUUUCGAGUAUAG